UCUGGUAAAAAUUAAUGUGGUAAACAGGGACAUGUGGCUCAGCACAAGACGUUGCACAACACUAUUAAAAUGAAGGGCAGCUUACCAUUCCUUUAGCAGGAGUUUUAAGCACAGAACGCAGCGACACAGACUUUUUAGAGACAAUCAACAUAUGCAUUAAAUUAUAUAGUUACCAUUUUCAAAAAACUUGUUAGCGUUUUUGGCCAUUUAUUUGUUUAGGCCUUUGGGUCUAAAGUAAGUUAAUUGGCAGGAAAAAAAGUAGUGACCGGCAUACAUAUGUGGUGAAAUGUCAAAUUAAUCGUGAGCGAUAGGUAUUAUUAGUAAAAGUAAUAAAAAUAUAUUAAAAAUGGACUGGUAUGAAAUUAAAUUGAACAGCAACCGGUCCGCAAAAUUCCCAGAACGUGCUUUGCCCGGCGGCAAACCGGACCCAGAUGGAAUUUACAUUGGUGGCAUCAUUUAUGACGAAAAAUGGGGUUGGAUUACGCGCCAAUACUCGUCUGACGCUACACUACUCAUAUGUUGGCUGGACACUGGAGACUGGGUUGCCAGACACACAUUUACGAAUGAACGCGGCGACUCCGAACGUUGCAAUAUUCGGUGCGUCGAGGAGAUCUCCUCUAAACAUGAGAAAUUAAAGCUUCUAGGUGUUUGUGUCGAAACGUGGGAUCUGCCCGACGCGCGCCCAAGCGACAGUCGACGCGUUAAAAUGCACAUAGCCAUCUAUUCGCCCACAUACAAGCAAGUGUUGCGCUUUGUCCAAGUGGAUGGCCUCCAUGUGAGCACUCUCACAUGCAUCGAUUAUGAAGUCUGCCGUCACACGUGUCUGGAACUGUUCGAUGGUUGCCUGGCCAUAGGUACAGAUGAGGGGACUGUUCUGCUAAUGGACAUGAAUUUUCAACAUAUACUUGAUUCACGCAAUCGCAAUAUACUUUUGCCCGCCAAUAAAAUUAAGUGCGCCAACAUUAAGCGUAUAAGCCCUUUCGCUUUAGAUGAAACAUCAUUGUCACGUUGCAGAAAGGAUGACGAGCACUUGGUGCUCGAAAUGAGUGGUCCGCAGCCCAAAAGCGCUGUACGGUGCCUAGUGCCUGUUGAGAUGAUAUCGAGCAUAGCUGCUGGUCUGAACGAUGGCCGCAUUGCAAUAUACGAUCUGAACACAUUUAAGUUAAUCUCCGUGGUAAAAGCACCUGAAGAGGAACUUCAGAUGGCAGCUGAACGCCUUUGCUGCAUUGUGCCGCAAGAUGAUCCAGCGCCCUGCUUUUAUAUAUGCGCUAUGUACAGCAAUGGUGAUAGUCUAACAACAGCACUACAUUCCGUGUUCUACCAACGCUCCCGCGUCGAUUCUCAAAGCAAUAGCAUGCGUUAUGAGCGUGUUCUCACCUGCUCUACGCGUCUACGCUUGCUGCUAGAUAGCAGUUACCCGGCCGCUAUAAACUGCAACGUAGUCUCCACCGGCCCACGUUCCGGCGACAACGGCGUUAUUCUGGUCGCUCUUAGCUGGUAUUCGCCAGCUGAGCGUAAAAGCAAACUUGUCCUAUUUGACAUUAAUCAAUGGUAUAAGGAGGCGCUGCCCAGCACCAUACGUCCGGUUAAUAAAAACGUGUAUAUGGCGGGAUACAUACUGAAUGGAUUGACCACGGGUCUGGCGUUAUUUCUAAAAUCCUCCUCUAUCAGUCAUUUCAAGGCCAUGCAGCGCUACGAUGAGCAUUUACAUCCAAGUGCCCUGACUUUUGAGUGUUCGCUUCUGACCAUUAAAGGCUGUGAUUAUUAUACGCAUGAAGGUGUACAGCAGCGGUUCCUGAACAUGCUGGGAUGUCAGAAUGCUUCGUUAUUUCUCAAUCCUCAGCCUUGUCACGACGAAAUAAUGCGCCUUCGUCUGAUUCCUCAGUUCUGUGAGCUAAAUCCGGAUGCUACAUUUUCCAAGAGCGCCAUGUACGAAGUGAUAUUGUCGGUUGCACUGGAAAACAGUUGCAUUGGCUUGUUGAACGAUUGUGCCAGGAGGUGGAUGGAUGGCAGCUACCUCUGUGACAAGCGCGAUCCCACAGAGCUCUCUUUAUCGACACUUACAAACUGGAUAGUGAAACGGGCAUCCCAAAUCAAAACGCGCUCCAUUGAAAUUUUUCAGGAAAUAUUUGAUCACGGUGGCUAUCGGCUCGACGACGCUGAGCGGAAGGAGUUUCAGGAUCUAUCGUGGCAGCUUCGUCAAUUAAAAAAUGUGCAGGAAAAGAUUGUCAAUAUGGGCAAGGGAAUACUGACGAAAAAAUUGCUCAACGAUCUAGUCGACGUGGAGAAAGCCAUUGGCGUGGUCUUCGAAUAUCAGCGUGUACUCUUUUGGUUCGUAGAUCGUGACGUGUUUCCUGAGAUUCAGGAUGGUGCAGAAGUUGGAAACCGACCUUUGGAGCUAAUUCGCAACUUCUACGGGCGACGUCGAACCGAGUUGGCCAAAUUGCCAAGAGACAUUGACGGUAGAAGUGGAAGUACGCUGUACAUUGAUGCGCUGCUAAAACAUAGAUCCUUUGGAGAAGGAUUGCGUGAGCAUUGGCUACAGAAUGGUGGCGAUGGUCUCUAUCCGCCUACGUCGCUGAAGGCCAUGUUGUACGUAAUGCUCACACAGGAGGAACAGCUCGAACAAAAACACGAAAUCAUCCUAUACUUUUUGCUUGAUCUCAAUGAGCAAUUGGGUUACAAUGGAUCGAUUGCCAUGGAUUUUGAAACGGCAUUUCGCGUUAGUGAGAAUUUGCGUAGAUCUGUAAAAUCCUUUUGGCAUUUGGAUCACGGAAACUAUAAGGAAGCUGCCAAUGAGUUGUUUGGUGCCUGCACCAGAAUUCGACACUACCAGGAGUGGCAAGUGAAACUGCUAAUCGAUGUGCUGUUAGCCCAUAAAGCCGUCAACCUGGCUGCCCAGGUAGUGAACCUGCCUCCAGGAAACGUGUCUCCGCUGCUGCGUCUGCGCGUCCUACUGGCCAAUAACAAUAUGUCAGAUGCAUUUUGUCAUGCGCGUCUAUACGACGACGAUGACGGUCAGACGCUGCUUGAACGAUUUUUCCGCCAUUGCAUAAGCAACCGUAAAUAUAAAGUCCUUGCAGAGCUAUUUCUGCGUGAGCACGAGCAAAGGCUUGUCUAUCGGCUGCUAAGCGAAAGCAAAUCGAAGGAUGCUGACUGUGUUCAGCUUAUCUUGCUGCUGAAAAGGUCAAAGUAUAUCGAGGCUGUUUCUUUUAUGGAUAAGAUCGCAGCGGAGCCCAACAAUGGAGAGUCUUCCAAAGAUAUUGUGACCGCUGGCAGUAACUACUAUGACGUCUCGAACACGAUUUUAUCAGCUUACAGAGCCACAAUGGCGCCAGUCACUCGAAAUAUUGCAGACACGUAUUUCAACAUAAAGGACAGACUCGAUCCAUCCCAGCUAGAAAACAAAUCACCGGUCCCCUUCAGCUGUCAGCUCGUAAAACAGAAUGCCAACAAGAUGCUGGGUGGUAUAUUUCAAAGCUCCGCUUUGAGCGUACAUUGGGCGACUCGGUAUCAGGGCGAUAGCGCGAUGAUAAGCACUGAUAAUGUUCCUUUCUUGCGCCAUCCACAAUACGGAAUGAGUGCGUGUCCAGAGGUGGCGCCGAGUCGACAUGUGGUGCGUCCCACGCCUUUUGUGGACACAGAGAAACGACAGCGUGAUUUAGAGGAGGAGGGAGAGGUGCCAGUCCAGAGAAAUAUGCAGCCAAGCAAGCGUAGGCGUUUGCUCGGCGAUGAGAUCAAGCAUGUCCACGAACAAUACACAAAAAAACUAACUAUGACCAACCAGCCGAGCAAUUCUUUUAGUUCGGCCACGUCUGUGUUAGGAUACUGCCCGCUGCCUCCACCUGCGCAACCACCAAUACUGAAACGGCGUCCAAUUGACAAUACCGUUGUCACAGCAGAUGAGAGACAGGGCGAGGAAAUGGAGGUGGACAGCGAUUCGCAAGGUGCCGAUGAAAUUAUUCUAGAAAUUGAACCUGCCGUCUCGGACAGCGAUCAACUGCAGGCUUCAGAACAACUUGAGACGCCCAUACAAAACAAAUCAAAAGGCAAUCGGACCCUAUCACCAUCAGCUUCUCUCUCGGAUUCCGAGUAUCUAUCACCACUGUCUUCGGCCAAUGUCUCAUUUGCGAGUCCACCGCAUCGUCAAUAUUCUGGACCAAAGCCACGUAUCUCGCUGCUGGAGGUGCGCGAACCCAUAGAGCAGACGACGGCAGCGACUAGCAGCGAGCAGGCUAGCAGCGGCAUUGGCAGCUUUGAGCAACCGGAAGGUGCCUUGCAUGUGGCCAAUACCGUUUCCUUGCGACCCGGAGAGUUUGUUCCCAUGGUGUGCUCCUCAAAGAUGCAUGAUAGCGGUCUUUCGCACGCCAAAAUGUCGGAGCGCACUACCAUAUGCGUAAAUACGCUGAGUUCCAACCUUUUGCGAGAACCAAGCUCUUUGGCAGAGCCGAGCAGUGAGUACCGCUUGCUAGAGAGUGCUACUAACUGGGAAGCGGUAGCGCAACCAGUCCAAAUGCUGAACACUACACUGGGGAUGUCAAGCUACGAUCUGACUACGCUAGAUGCAACGCAUGCGGUGCAACCAGCCCCCGAAAGCGAUGUGGAGGAAGUAGCUCUAGAGUCGUCUAAUGCUCCAAUGGAAGAAUUUUAUUAUGAAGAGCGCGUCAGCACUCAUUCUCCCAAUGAGAUGGUAGAGGAGCAGGACUUGGAUUAUAACUGCUUGUCUACAGAAGAACUUGAGCCUAGAGAGCGCGUGCCCUCGUCCAGCUUCAGUCUGUGCAGCGACAUAUUGGAGUCGUCGUCAUCUGAGGGGGACAAUCGGCGAACCACGAGCCAAUUGCAGGACGAUCGCAUGUAUUGCAUAGUUGCCGACUCGACCGGCUCAAUCACCACCUCGCGUUCCGUCACCCACACUCCCACAUCGUUUCUGCCCAGCGAUACAAAUGUUUCGCAGAACUCAAGUCCACGCGAUGCACAUGGGGCUGGCGAUCGUUCCCCUAGGUCCCUUUAUGGCGCCAAUAGCUUGGAGACGGUAAACGAUCUGGACACCACGAAGGGUUCGCUGGAAGACGAGGAGGAGGAUGAUGAUUGCGUGAUCGCGUUAGAUGGUACCGAAGUGCGGAGCUAUGUGCCGCGUCCGUCACAAACCGCCGAAUGUAGCAGUGCCGAAUUGUUUGCAUUUAAGGAUGAGCGCAAAGAGGAGGCCGAGGGAAAAGUACAAUCGCCAGAGGAUGGCACGGCCAACAGUGACUCUGUCAUGGUCCACAUGGACAGCAAUGACGGUCACGCAGGCAGUAGUGGCGGCACUCAACAGGCCAUGGAGGAGGGUGCUUUGACUCUCUCAAAUGACGCUGCCUCCAGCAAUGCUUCUGUGGCCACAGUUGCGUUCAGCGAAAACAAGCAGCUGCUGACCGAUGGUGACGGAAUGCAAGCCGAAGAAUCAACUGAUUCCAAGGCUGUCAAUUUCGAGCCCAAUGCAGCCAACGAAGCAGAUGACAGCAAGGACCCCGAUAUUGCAAACGCAAGUGAAGAUACUGCUGUUGAUGCGUCUGGGCCUAAGGAUACGUCAAAAGCCCGGAAUCGGCGUAGCAACUCUGCACCGCCUGAGUCUGAGAGCAGUGGACCACGGCGCUAUGCGCUACGUGCCCAUGCUCCCAUUGACUAUGCCGAAAAACGCAAACGGCGUUUGAGCAACGACUCCGAUGACAUGUCGCUAGAGAGCGGUACCAGCUCAAAGACAAGUAGGGGUUCUACGCCACUAGUUUCGACACCCAAGCCACGCAAGCCAAAGCCAACUAAGAAGUUGCUCGAGGUGAUCGAAGAGGACGAACAUGAGUUGUCUAUCAGCGUGCCCCUCAAACGUUCACAAACGCGUCUCAAUCUCACAGUCGAUAGCGAAGCCGAGAAAACGCCAGUUAGCUCUCGCCGUAGGCGAGCAACUUCCGUAAGUGCCGAUCAGGAUACCCCGCCAGCACGCCCGUUGCAUAAACUUCGUAGCAAUAGCGAGUCGUCGUUGGCUGCCGGCACGAAGCCACCGACACGAGCCCGCAGGAGAAUCUCGCAGGAUGAACAGGCCCCUCCGCCUUUGGCGGGUACCGAGGAAAGCGACGUGGUAGUAAAAACACGACCGAAGCGGGUUUUAAGACCACGCACUAAGAGCGUCUCCUUAGAGCCAGAGGCCAGUGGUUCCAAAACACCCGAGAGCUCAACACAUAUGACACGUAUAAGUGGGCGUGGUCGCAAGCAUUGAUAGCAUUAUAAACGAAUAUUUAACACCCUUGUUUUUACCACUCAAGAAUCGUGCUCCCAAAAAAGCAAAAACAUCUAAAUUGUUGACAAAAAAAAAAUGUACACCGUUCUGGAGCAACAUGCGCAUAAAAAUAAGAGUUUUGAAAUUAUGUUUUUUGUUAAUUCAGUAGAGAGUUGGUGAAAUUAAAUGUUUUCAAAGAGUUAAAA